CGGGUUUUGCAUCGUAUAUAAUUUGAUUUCACUGAUUCGAGCUCUCGUAUUUCUUGUGUACUUGUACAUUUAGAGCGAAGAGGAAGUAAAAAAGAAUUACUUUUGAUUGAUAUCAAAUUAAAUCUCUUAAAAUUGAGAUAAAAUCCCUCCUCCUCUUCUUAACUUACGUUGUUAUUACUUUCAAUUUCUGGAAAUAAAUUUUUUUCUAGUAUGAUUUAAAAAAUAGAAAAUUUUUCCUCAACCUUAUCUAAUCAUCUACUUAUCAUACUUAAUAUACAAUAGAGAUAACGUGAUUUUAAUUUCGUUAAGCUGAAAUUCCUUGUAUUAUUGAGGAAAAAAUCGGAAAUGCUUAGAAAUUUAUGUCUAAAAUUGCGUGUUUUUAGCAUUGAUUCAAAUAUUCUGCGAAACAUGUCCCACUCAGUACUGAAACUAUCUGGUAAAGUUGCUGUUGUUACUGCAUCGACUGAAGGCAUUGGAUUUUCAGUUGCAAAGAGAUUAGCAACUGACGGAGCUGCAGUUGUCAUUAGCAGUCGCAAGAAAGAUAAUGUUGAAAAAGCCUUGGAUCAAUUAAAAUCAGUUAGUUCAAAAAUUGCGGGCAUUCCAUGUCAUGUUGGUAAAGCAGAAGAUCGUAGACGCUUACUGGAUUUUGCAAAAACUACGUUUGGGGGUGUUGAUCUAUUAGUCAGCAAUGCAGCUGUCAAUCCCACCAUGGGUCAUGUCCUGGAUACUUCUGAAGAUGCAUGGGACAAAAUAUUUGACAUAAAUGUCAAAUCAGCUUUCUUGCUGACCCAAGCUGUUCUUCCAUUAAUGGAAGAACGUGGAGGAGGGUCCAUUGUUUACAUGUCUUCCAUUGCUGGACUUAAUCCUAUGAAUAUACUUGGGGCCUAUUCUGUUAGCAAAACAGCAUUGUUAGGUUUGGCAAAAGCUGCAGCAACACAGUGUGCUCAGAAGAACAUUAGAGUGAACUGUGUUUGUCCUGGUAUAAUAAAAACUAAGUUCAGUGAGGUGAUGUGGUCCAAUCCCUCUUCUAAAGAGGUUCUUGAUCAAGCUAUUCCAAUGAAAAGAUGUGGAGAACCUGAUGAGAUUGCUGGGAUGGUGUCAUUUUUGUGUUCAAAUGAUGCAUCGUACAUUACUGGAGAGAAUUUUGUUGUUGCUGGUGGAUAUUUCUCACGUUUAUGAGCCUGUUUUUUUGUAUUUAUGAUGUUUGUUUAUAUAAAUUAGUUAAAUUUUGUUAUAAAUUACUGGUUGUUUAUAUUUGAUUUAUGUGUUGAUAAAAUUUUCUUGGCAAGUUUGACAGGUAAAAUCCUAGUAUAGCCCACCUUUUGGUGACUUUUGGAAAUCUUGCCAAGUUGGAGAUUAUUACUGGGAUCAAUGUUGCUGUUUGAUUAUUAAAAAAAUAAAAAUUUAAAUUAAUAUAAACUUAUUAAAAUAUUUUUUAAUAGAAUAAAAAUAAAUUACCUUUACUCUGAUGGCUUAAAUACAUCUUUUCUUAUCAACCAGUAACAUACAAAAAAAAAAAUUUAAUAAUAAUGGCAAUAAAUGAAAUAACAUUUAAAAAAUGAACGAUGAUUCUAACCGGAAGAGAUCAGAAGCAUAAAUGGCGAAAAAAUAAACCCAUUACCUCUUUUCUAACGAAAUCCAACUUUUGCAUAGGUGUACAUAUCAAAUAACCAAUCAGGUUUAAGAAUGUUGGUGGUGUGAUCGGACAAUCAAAAUAAUCUCCCUGAAAUAUCUUCUGGAAACCUAGUUUGGCGAGAUUUAUAACAAUUUCCACAGGGUGAGCUAUUCUAGGAUCCACCCGUUAGACAUGCAUUUUGAGAAAAAAUUUACUUGAUUUAGGUUAACUGAAUUACUUUGUUUCUAUGGAGAUGGUAUAUAUUUAUGUAACACAAUGUGUAAGGCAAAAUUAACUAAAUAUAAUUAUAACAAAUGGUGAAUAGAAAAUUGUCUGUCAAUUACCAAUUUUUUAGUGGAAAUGCACCCCAUGUUUUUUAUGUCAUUUUUAAAAAAUAUGGAUUUAUUAUAAGUAUUUUAUAAUAUUUUGAGAAUUAAAUUAUUUACUUAUAUCUAAAAAAUUUUCUCCAUUUUACUAAUGAACUUAGUAAUGUUUGUUGACCAAUAUUCUGCUUCAAAAGGAAAUUCCUUAUAUUAUUUAAGUCAACAAUUUUUUUAAUUACUUAAAUUUUAUCAAGAUAUUUUCACCAAGUCUCUCAAUAUGUCAAUUUUUUUGGUACUACAUUUUUGAGAGGUAUUAAAAAAAAUCACUUGUUUACAGAUAUAACUGUGCCAACUCAUAACAAAUAUAAAUGCUUUUAUGUUUGACAUAGAAGAUGACAAAGAGAUGUGUACUAUUUUGAUUUGUUAUUUUUAGCAUAUUUGACAUAUUUUGUACGUUGAUAAAUAAAAUAUUUUAUUUUCAA